AUGGUCGAUAAUGAAGGAGAUUACUUGCUUUACAAGGAUCCUAGGAAGCCGCUAAAUAUACGUAUAAGGGAUCUAAUGAGUAGAAUGACAUUGGCAGAGAAAAUAGGGCAGAUGACACAGCUCGAUAGAAGAAUUUUGACACCGAAAAUUAUGAAAGAUUACGGAAUAGGGAGCGUACUGAGUGGUGGAGGAAGUGUGCCAAAACCUGAAGCGACAGCCCGAGAAUGGGUUGAUAUGGUGAAUGAGUUUCAAAAGGGAGCAUUGUCUACUAGGCUUGGAAUUCCUAUGAUUUAUGGGAUUGAUGCAGUUCAUGGCCAUAAUAAUGUUUAUAAGGCUACUGUUUUUCCUCAUAAUGUUGGCCUUGGUGCAACCAGAGAUCCAGAGCUUGUGAAAAGAAUUGGUGCUGCAACUGCUCUUGAAGUUAGAGCUACUGGCAUUCAAUAUGUUUUUGCUCCAUGCAUUGCGGUAUGCAGAGAUCCAAGAUGGGGUAGGUGCUAUGAGAGUUACAGUGAGGAUCCAGAAAUUGUGAAACAAAUGACUGAAAUUAUCCCUGGAUUACAAGGGGACCAUCCUCCUCGUAAAGCUGGCAUUCCUUAUGUUGCUGGAAAGGAAAAGGUAGCAGCUUGUGCUAAACACUUUGUUGGAGAUGGUGGUACAACAAAAGGGAUCAAUGAGAAUAAUACAGUGACAGAUUGGCACACAUUGCUAAGUAUUCACAUGCCUGGUUAUUAUCAAUCAAUUAUCAAGGGAGUUUCUACUGUUAUGGUGUCUUAUUCAAGUUGGAAUGGUGUUAAGAUGCAUGCACAUCAUAAUCUUGUUACCAAUUUCCUCAAGGAUACCUUAAAAUUCAGGGGAUUUGUCAUCUCAGAUUGGCAAGGAAUUGAUAAAAUAACUUCACCACCUCAUGCAAAUUACACACAUUCGGUGCUCACUGGGGUUCAAGCUGGCAUUGACAUGAUUAUGGUCCCUCUAAACCAUACGGAAUUUAUUGAUAUAUUGACUUCGUUGGUGAAUAAUAAUUAUAUUCCCUUGUGCCGAAUUGAUGAUGCAGUGAGGAGGAUCUUGAGAGUCAAAUUUACCAUGGGUCUUUUUGAGAAUCCUUUGGCUGAUUAUAGAUUAGUUAAACACCUCGGAAGCCAGGCACAUAGAGAUUUGGCAAGAGAAGCAGUGAGAAAAUCACUAGUAUUACUGAAGAAUGGGGCAAAUGCAGAUGAGCCUGUACUUCCACUGCCUAAGAAGGCAACAAGAAUAUUAGUGGCUGGAUCUCAUGCCAACAAUUUGGGCUAUCAAUGUGGUGGUUGGACUAUUACUUGGCAAGGAGUUGAAGGAAACAAUGUCACACUUGGGACAACCAUUUUGGAUGCUGUAACUGCUACCGUUGAUCCAAGUACAGAAGUAGUCUACAGUGAAAACCCCACGACAGAAUUUAUGGAAUCCAACAAAUUCUCAUAUGCAAUAGUAGUAGUAGGUGAACUACCUUAUGCUGAAACAGCAGGAGACAACUUGAAUUUGACAAUCCCAGAGCAGGGAAUAACAACAAUGAACAAUGUCUGUGGAAGUAUAAAAUGUGUAGUGGUCUUAAUUUCUGGGAGACCAUUAGUUGUGCAACCACAUUUAAGUAACAUUGAUUCACUUGUUGCUGCUUGGUUACCUGGUACUCAAGGACAAGGAGUUGCUGAUGUUUUAUUUGGUGAUUAUGAGUUUACUGGAAAAUUAUCAAGAACUUGGUUCAAGACUGUGGACCAAUUGCCAAUGAAUGUUGGUGAUUCACACUAUGAUCCACUUUUCCCAUUUGGGUUUGGACUCACUACUACAGCUACUAAAUUCCAGGACCAAAUUGCUUCUAGGUAGAGAUAGUUUUUUUAGACUAAAGAACAAUGUUUAUAUUUUAGCUAGUUUUGGUUUUGAUUUCG